AACUGCCAUGGAAUUAGUGAAAAUCACGUUUUGUCUGUAUAAUAAUUAAUAGUCUUUAAAUUCUUAAUUAUAUUUUUUAAAAAAACGUAUACAAGUUUCAAACAUUUUAGUUCGCGCGUCUUUCUCGCGCAAACUCUCUUGAAUGCGCAGUUGCAUUGUGAGAUUUCAGCGAAAAUCCGUUUCGCGCUUCAAAGCAGAAGUUUAGUAGAAUUUAAUGGUUUUUAUCGGUUCAUUUGAACCACUAUAAUCGAGGAUAAAUAUGUGUAAUAUGACCAUUCAAUUGUGUGCUAUGAUUUAUGAGAAAAACAUAAAUGUGCCUUAAAUCUAGACGUCUUGAUUUUGUGCAAGUUGCACAUACUCUCGACCGGUCAGUCUCCUCGGCAAUGGCGGUGUGUUCUCUAUUUUGAAAGGUUCUUUUCGUGUUAAUUUACUUUAAAUCAUCAUCAUCAUGGAUAUCGCGAGUAUGCUUGAAGUGCAAGUGAAUGAGGUGAACGAGCCCGAUAUCAAGGAAAAUUUAACACCCAGUGCGACAUUUUCAAGGGCUCCAUCACCUCCCUUGAAACCUUAUUCUGAAGAAGAAAACAACUAUUUCAAUAUGAUGUAUGGUCUAGACAUAUCAUCGGUCAGGUUUUCGAGAAUUCAUUGCACAGGCUGUGAUAUUCAUCUUGGUUCAGCUCCCGCACAAGUUACCAAUAUGUUCGAACAUCCAAAAUUAAGAACUCUUUUAUGCUUAAAAUGCUAUGAAUUUUACGGCGAUGGAGACUUUGAGCAAGGAGAUGAUCAGACCGAUAUGUUUUGUCGAUGGUGUGCCAAUGGUGGCAAUUUAUACUGUUGUUCUGACUGUAGUAACACAUUUUGUUCAAAAUGUGUCAAAAGAAAUUUUGACGCAGUAAUAGCAAAGAAAAUAGAGGAUGACGAAUCAUGGAAAUGUUUCGUUUGCGAUCCAACUGACGUUUAUCCAGCGAGAUCACUUUGUCGAGCAAUUAUUCAACAUGUACAAACUGUGUGCAGAAUUCUACAAAAUGACAAGACAAUGACGCAGGAUGAAAUUGAUGAGAAAAUGAAUUUGGAUGAAUCUCGAUGCUGCAGUCGUAAAAGAAAACGCAAGAGACGAAAAACUGGAUCGGGUUCCGAGGACGAAGACGAUGAAACGUAUAAUCCUAUACUCAGUGAAAUGCCACAAGUUAAAAGACGUCGCACGAGAAAAAGUGGUCAGGUCACAAAUAUACAUACCAAUGGUUCUUUGAAUAAUCAAUCAGACGAUGAAAGUUCACUUCUCGCUGGUGAUAAUGAUUUACUCCCUUCAAUGAUACCCUGUGAACAAACAAUGACUGAAGGUGAUACUGCAUUACCAUUUGGAAGUCCAACAAAGGUACAAACACAACCUUCUAAAGUUAUAACAACUGACAAACUUAAAACGCAAAUUCUUACUAACAAUUCGAAACUUAAUCAAUCACACACAUUAAAUUUACUCAAACCAAUGAAAAUACGCAGAUUAACUGCAAUAUCACCUGUACCUCAAUUGAGAACAACCCUUAUAAAUCCAUUGUCUCAACAACAUUUGAGACCAAAUAUAAUAGGUCCAACAUCACAAAUUCAGAUAAGACCAAAUGUAAUACGUCCUAUCACUCAUCUACAACCAAGAACAAUGUUAAUUCAAAAACGUGCAAAUCGACCAAUGGUAUCAAUACCACAACCCCGAACACCAGCUCCAAUACAAAAUAAACCUCGAAUUUUAUUACCAAAAUCCCGAACGUCCAAUAUUUCCACAGCUCCAAAUAUUAUCGAUUUAGAAAGUGAUUCCGAUGAAGGUGUCGAAGUUAUUGGUGCUAGUGAUAGAGUGACACGAAAUAAAAGUGCACAAAUGAAUAAAGAAGAUCAAAAAACAAAUAAAAAUUUCGAACAAUUAAUUUUGAAUCAAAAGCAUGAUAUUGAUAUUGAAUUACAAUCGCUCAGGAAAAAGUUCAAUUAUGUUUUAUCCGAUUCAACGAGUAAAACACCUCAAGUAACAAACGAUGAAGCAUCAUUGAAGAUGAAAAAAUUCCAGCAAGUUAUGCGAAAAACAUUAUAUAGAUUAGCACAAAUUAAUGAUAGAGUUGUGAGGGAAUAUCACAGUUGGAAGAAAGCAACUCCCGAAGAUGAAAAUAAUGAAUCGACAGAUGUCGAUUAUUUCCCAACAAAAAAUCCCGAUGUUACACUUGAAAUGUUAUGUGUUCGUGAUUCUGAAUCGGAAAAUGAAGAAAGUGACAAUGAAACAUCAAACGAGGGGACUAUUCUUGAGGCGAGUAAUUUUGAGGCAAAUCAAUUAAAUUGUUACAGUAAUCUCACGCUAUUUAGAAAAAAACGUACAGUCGAACAGGGCGUUGGUGAUGAUUCAAUAGAAAAAAUAGAUAAAGCGAUACAAGCUUAUGAUGUUCGAACUCGAGAUUAUGAAAAAUCAAUUGGUUAUUCUCUGCUUAUGAAAGCCGAAUACGAUCCAAAGACUGAGAAAGAAGUUUUAAAACCUGUUGAAGUGCUAAAUGAACAUUUUGGCAAAUUUCAGGAGCAAUAUAUUUUUCAUUUGCAAUAUAUUGAGGAAAAUGGAAUUAAAACUACUGAAGAUUUAGAAAAUCUUCCCGAUCCAAAUGAAACUCCACUUAAGGAUCUCAUUGAUGCGAAUUCACCUUUUAUUGCCGAAAUGUUGGAAAACAUUCCACCACCAACGGUUAUUAAUGGAACAGCCACCGAAUCGGAAACAAUGGAAACAGAAACAUCAAGAGAUAAGGAUAAUAAUUCUGAUGAGGAAAUGCCGAUGGAAGAAAUUCCUGAAAAAGAAUUCUCCAAUGAGAUAGUUCGAGAGAAAGAAUUUACCAAGGAUGUAAGUCGAGAAAAAGAAUUAUCCGAAGGAGACGAAGAAGAAGAUGAAGAAGAAGAAAAGUGUGAGAAUGAAAAUCGUGAAUUUACACAUACAGAUUCAACAGCCGCAACUUCAAAAGCUGUUGAAGAAUUAGUGAAAAUGGUGACAAAACUCUCGGAUGAAUUGAAAUCGAGUAAUAAUUCCCCGGAAAAUACAACUCUCAGUUCGGUAAUUGAAAAAAAUGAUGAGGAGAUUAAUAAUAAAACGGAAAAUACGAGAAAAGUCGAGCAUGAAAAAGAUGAGGAAACUGUUCUUGCUGUUAGAACACUUAUUGAAGAAGAAAACAGUAGUGAUAACAACUAUAAUAAAUCACCAACAGAAACCAGUGCGAUUAAGGAAUGUAACUUUCUAAAUUAAUUAUUGAUGACAUUAAACGAAAAUUUAAUUUAAGAAAGUGAUUUAUAAACAAAAAAAUAGUCGUAAAAUUUAUAUAUAAAAGAAUUUUUAUGUCUCUUAAAACAUGUUAAGAUAUCUAAGUGAUUAUUGAUUUUUUUUUGGUAAUAAAUGAUUUACCAGUUUUUCGACUUGAAUCGAAUGCUAAUCAAUCCUUAGCAUAAACACACACACACACACACACAAAUUUUAUCGAACCAACUGUAAGAAACUGGACACAGUCUAAACAAAAAAGUUUGGCUUCAUAUUUUUCUCUUUCAAUUGAAAGUACGUUAUGAAAAGUGUUUAAAGUUUUAAAAAUAUUCUUCACACUUUCAUUAAAAAGUAUUACAUUUAAAAGUUUUUUUUUUUUAUUCUAAAAAAAAACUGUCUAACAAAAAAUGUACGUACAUUUAAUAUUAAAGGAUAUUUUUAUCGUCA